ACAAGGGCGACACGACACUGUUUCAAGAUAGACAGAGGUGUCCUCACACGCGUAUCACAAUGGAUCUCUCAUUUAUGGCUGCGCAGUCGGUCAUGGCGGGGGCUUUCAUGGACUCGCCUAAUGAUGACGACAGCACGGACCACUCACUUUUCAACUCCUCGGCCAGCGUCCACGCCGCCUCUAUGGCGGCCCAUGACCAGCCGGAGCGGGAGCCCAUGUCCCGCGACGCCAUCUGGCUUUGGAUUGCAAUCACCGCCACCAUAGGGAACAUUGUGGUCGUGGGAGUGGUGUACGCUUUCACUUUCUGAGUGGUGGAAGCCAUGAUGGAGACAUGCCAGCAGGAGGAAGCUUCUAGACAAGACAUUUGGACAUGAGCUAGGAACACCACAGCAGCCAACGGCCACUCUCAAAGGCUACACUGUUACAGAACAGUGAAUGAUUCUUGCAUUGGCAUCUUGUCCAAUCAUUUGAAAGACAAGGCAUUGUUCACAAUUACAGAAAUUAAUAUGUGUAAUAAGUUGGUCAUGUUACUGCAGCCAAAGGUCAAAAUAUGGAAUAUUGUAUACAUUAGUGCUGUUGACUAUACAUUAAGAUGUGAACAUUUCUGAUGAAGCUUUCUGAUGAAGCUUUAAAUAGUGAACAGUGAUGUACUCUGAAUACCCUCAGAUGUCAUUGGUCAAUUCUUUAAUCAUUGGACGUAAAAUAUUCAGAUAAUAAAACCUUAGUAACGUGCUGUUUGGAGCGUUUAGAGAUCAUUGUAUGGAAAGUAACACUGGUAAGUUUUAGCAUGUCUUUAACAUCACA